GAAUGAGGUAGGUUAGGUGAAUGUGACCAGUGUGGAAGAAAUCUGUAUAAAAUGGAUUUUUAAAGCAUUAUACAUUGCGUUUUGGUGGAACUAUGCUUUAAUACAACAUAGAUGCGUUUGAUUUUUCGAUUGUUGUAACUGGAUGGCAAUUCCAGCACUUUAAGUGGCAAGACAGACCGGGGUUGCUUACUUCACGUCCGAGGAGGAGUAGGCAGACUGCAAAUUGCGUGGCGAAGGCCCGUGUGCUUUACAAGGCUAAUACGGAGCCUACUCAGCUGUUUGCCGCUUAUUUUGUUGGGCCGACAUAGGCCAUGUUCAGUUCUAGCGCGAAAAUCGUGAAGCCGAAUGGCGAAAAGCCAGACGAGUUCGAGUCUGGCAUUUCCCAGGCUCUGCUGGAGCUGGAGAUGAACUCGGACCUCAAGGCCCAGCUGCGGGAGCUGAACAUCACUGCUGCAAAGGAAAUCGAAGUGAGUGGCGCCAGGAAAGCCAUCAUCAUCUUCGUGCCUGUUCCCCAGCUGAAGUCCUUCCAGAAGAUCCAGGUGCGGCUCGUGCGUGAGCUGGAAAAGAAGUUCAGUGGCAAGCACGUGGUCUUCAUCGCUCAGAGGAGAAUUCUGCCAAAACCCACAAGGAAAAGCCGCACGAAGAAUAAGCAGAAGCGCCCAAGGAGCCGUACCCUGACCUCUGUGCACGAUGCCAUUCUGGAGGACCUGGUCUUCCCCAGUGAGAUUGUCGGCAAGAGGAUCCGUGUGAAGCUGGACGCCAGCAGGCUCAUCAAGGUCCACCUCGACAAGGCACAGCAGAACAAUGUUGAACACAAAGUGGAGACCUUCUCUGGCGUGUACAAGAAGCUCACAGGCAAAGAUGUUGUAUUUGAAUUCCCUGAGUUCCAGCUGUAAUGUGCAGAUGACAAAAUAAAUUUGUUUACUGUCACAUUA